AUGGAGCCUUAUGUCCAUCUCCUUUUAUUGGGGAUCCUGGUCCUGAGAAAAGCCUCGGCAGGCUCUCACUCCCUGAAGUAUUUCGACACCGCCAUAUCUCUGCCCGGGCUCGGGGACCCGCAAUUCAUGACAGUGGGCUACGUGGACGAUCAGCAGUUCGUGAGCUUCGACAGCUGCAGCGCAAGCCAGAAGAUGGAGCCGCGGGCGCCGUGGAUGGCCAACAUGGACCAGGACUACUGGGAGCGAAAUACGAGAAACACCAAGAUAGACGCACAGUUUUACCGAGUGGAUUUGGAGACCCUGCGCGGCUACUUUAACCAGAGUGAGGAAGACCCACCUUCUGCCCAAAUUAUCCGUCGCACGGACCUCGACGGAGGAGUGAUCCUGCGGUGUCAAGCCCAGGACUUCUACCCAGCAAUGAUCUCCCUGACUUGGCUGAGGGAUGGAGAGGAACAGCUCCAGGACACCGAAUUCAUUGAGACCAGGCCUGGGGGAGAUGGCACCUUUCAGAAAUGGGCAGCUGUGAGGAUGGCCUCAGGGGAGGUAGACAAAUAUACAUGCCGAGUUCAGCAUGUGGGACUGCCUGAGCCUCUCACCCUGAAAUGGGAACCACAGCCCUCAUCCAUCUGGAUCAUUGUGGGGAUCAUUGCUGUUUUUCUCACUGUGCUUAUUGCUGGAGCUGUGAUCUGGAGGAAAAAGAAUUCAG